AUGAAAGACCAAAUCAAAAUGCAAAAAUUGCUCCACAAAGCCAAAGAAUGGCGGAAACGACGCAAAGAAAGAAGAUCUGCGUCCAAAUCAACUUCCAAACGGGAAUCUUCCAUCCGUCCUCAAACCAAAGACUCCAGACUCACGACCAUCAGCACCCUUACCGCGGAACACGCAACUCCCAUCCAAAUUUCUUCAAAUUACCAUACCCAAGAACAAUCGACCCUGUUCGCCACACUGCCGGGCGAGAUUCGGGUUUUGAUUUGGAGCUAUGCUCUAGCUCCACCCGACCCAAAAAGCGAACACAGGGAGCCAAGAUGUUAUACCUCCCUCCUCCUCAGUUGUCGAAGAAUCUACUCCGAAGCCUCACACCUCGCGCUCGAACAAGCGGAACCCACGUUCGACCUCUUCUAUCCUGACCGGGACACCGCGAACCAUCAAUCCAUGCACUUGUCCGCGGAAAAAACUGUCGCGACGCUUGUGGCACUUGAUGGUUUUCUGAAACGUUUGACGGGGGAGAAUCGGAAGCUUAUCAAGGGUGUGAGGGUGAGGAGUAAUGCGGGUUGGUUGAGGGAGAGGAGGUUUUUUAAUACUUUUGCGGUGGCGAGGGGGUGUUGGGCGAAGAGGUUGGUUGUGGAGAUUUUGGGGGAUUUGGGGGAUUUGGCGUUGGAGAAGGGGGUUGGGGGGCAGAUGUUGAGGCAGGCUUUGGAUGCGGGAGUGAGGGAUUUGACGCUUGAGGUUGUGGGUGUGGGCGGGAAGGCGCAGGGAGGGGGUUUGAGGAGUGGGUUGGGGAUUGAUGAGGGUGAGUGGGAGCUUAUUGGAGAGGAGAACUGCGUGAGGAGGAGUGAGAAGGGUGAGAAGGUUAGUGUGGAGAGGUUAAGGUGGAAGUUGGCGUGA